UAUACCGAAAAUGACAUUUGGACGCCUUGUAUUUUUCUUUUGCUUCAUCGGGGCAUCGUUUGCCCGAUCUGAACAAGAGAUUAAGAAAUCUUUUGUCCAAACAGCUGUAGAAUGCGCCAAGGAAAUCCCGGUUUCCGGAGAGGAAUUUCAAAAGCUGAAGGACACACACGUCGCCGAGAACAAGAACGUCAAGUGUCUUGUUAAGUGUGUCUUGCAGAAACAAGGAAUGGUUGACGACAAAGGCAUGUUCGAUGAAAACGGCUCAAUCAAAAUGGCAGAAAGAGAAUACGCUGAUGACAAAACCAAACUGGAGAACGCGAAAAAAUUGUACGAAGUUUGCAGAAAGGUAAACGAUGAACAGAUUAGCAAUGACGACCAAGGCUGCGAAAGAGCAGCUCUCCUAUCUAACUGUCUCACGGAGAAUGCUCCUAAGUCUUCAGCCACUCCACGGAGGCCUGUCAUUCUAAAAUCUGAUCGGGAUGUGUCAAAGGAUCAGCCAAAAGAGAAAAGUGAAAAGGAAAAGCCUCCUACUAUCAUUCUUAAAACCCGUGAGCAUAGUACCCCAAAAGAUGAAAGGCCCGCGAGCCCACGGUCUCAAGGAAAUGAUGUUGAAGGUACACAACCUUCUAAAAUUGCUCAAAAUGAAAGUAAGGAAAGGAAAGACCAAAAGUUUAAGUUGAUGUCUGAACCUGUAAAAUUAUUGGAUGAGAAUUUAGAAUUUAACAAUGCAGCCUAUGAAUUUCUUAAUGAUGCUAAUAGCAACUACCUGGUUGUUGGUGUAAUUGGAACUCAAGGUGUUGGCAAAUCUAUGGUACUCAAUCUAAUAGCACAAAAUGUGCCUCUAAAUGAUCUCAGUAGACAAAUAUUAAAUUCUCAUGAAGUUUCACCUGAACCAACAGCAGAAGCAAACAAUUUGACACCAGUAGAAUCUCAAAUGGAAAGCUUGAACAUUACUGAAGCUGCAAAUAAAAAGUCUCAAGACAAAAAUACAUUCAAAUUUAAAAUGCAGGAUAUUGAGUUCAUAGAAAGAGGGGUUCAUUGCACUAAAGGUAUAGACAUGUACGUAACAAACGACCGUGUAAUACUACUUGAUUGUCAGGCGUUGUGGUCACCGUCUCUAAUAGAAGAAACGAACACAAAUCCAGUGACAGCUAGAAGUGCAAACAUUCUCACAGUGGAUUGUCUGCAGAUUGCAUCAUAUUUAAUGGCUGUAUGUCAUGUUUUGAUUGCAGUACAAGAUUGGUUUGCGGACUAUAAUUUUAUACGCUACAUACAAACCGCAGAAAUGUUAAAGCCAUCUCUGUCAGCAUCAAACACGGUGAACACAAGCCAAGAGAGCUCAGAAUACAACAGCAGUGUUGAGAGUCAUCCUCAUCUUUUGCUGUUACACAAUAGAUGUCAACUCGAAGAUUAUACGCCAGAAGCCGUGUAUACUAUGCAGGAUUUAUAUCGGAACGCGUUCCAGAAGUCUAACCUACAGCUCAAUUCUGGGAUGUACAUGUACAGUGACACCAAUAAGAAUGGUCUGAACAUUGACAACGUGUGUAAGGGAUAUAAUGUCGACGCUUGUGGAUCGCCAAUGAAUCUUUUUCUCCUGCCGGAAAUCUAUAGUGAUUUUGAUAAUCGAGAUAUAUAUCGCGGUCAUCCGCAAUUCGAGCAACUAGCUAAACGUCUCAGAUGGAUGGUGUUAGGAGUGAACCGCCAUCAAAUAACCACAGUGCCAAACUUGUCCGAGAAGGGAUGGUUCCAAUUCUGCAGUAAAGCCUGGGAGACGAUCCGGAAAUGUCCGUUCUUUAUAGAAUAUGAACGAUUCUUACCUUAGCUCUAGAAACAUGUAUGAAAUAAAUAUGUAAGUAUCACAGAAUUAGGACCAUACAGAAUCCGUGUACACGGCUAAUAUUGAAGCCACUCCAUUACAGUAGUGUUUGUCGAACAGGCGGUUAGUCACUUCAUUCCAUUUAGCAAUUUACACUAAUUAUUUUACCUCUAAUGUUCUAAACGUUAACCAUAUUCCGCGGGUGUGAAGUGAGACGUGC